CUGGCACAGCUGUAUGGCUUAAAACUUGUUUGACAGAUUUCCGUUCUGAAUCCAUGUCAAUAUCAUUCAUAUGUCUCUAUACCAGUAGAAUAUAAAAUUAGAUAUUCCGAUCUACAUUCUAUUAACAGCUUCAAAUCGGUGUGACCGAGGACAAGUGUAGCAGUAGAGAAGCUAGACCAAACAGCUGGGUUAAAGGAGGUCUUAAAAUACGUCAUUCAAGUACUUGCCUACCAGGAAGUUUAGCGACGAAGUUCCAGUUAACAGCGCAAAGCAAGAAGUACUACGGUUCGGACGUGUCUGUUUUUGUUAGCUCGCUAGCUACAGGAAUCUCAUCCUGCUCAGUUUUGUGCUUGGGUUGCAGUGUAAAAUACAAGGAUGUCGCUCUAUCCAUCCCUCGAGGACCUUAAGGUAGACAAGGUCAUUAAGGCACAGUCUCAGUUUGUUCAGACCACCACCCCUGCCAUCACAGAGGGGUCCUACCAGCCAGCGGCAGCAGCAGCCGGCCUGGGGACACCUGGAUCAAGCCUCUACCCAGACCUGCAGGAGAUGGGUGAAUACAUGGGCUUAAAUCUGAACAGCGAUGAGGUGCAGAAAAAUAUGGCUCUCGUGCCUGUGGCAGACAGCCAAGUGGCAGUGCCCGCGGGUAUGGGUGUGGCCGGUAUGGUGAGGCCAGUGACGGGGACCGACAUUGGCAUCAGGCGGGCAGAAAUCCGCCAAGGUCUGCGUGAGAUCAUCCUCUGUAAGGACCAGGACAAGAAGGUCGGCCUUAGGCUCAGGGAGAUUGACAAUGGCAUGUUCAUUCAGCUUGUGCAGGCCAACUCCCCGGCCGCCCUGGCUGGCCUUCGCUUCGGGGACCAGGUGCUGCAGAUCAACGGGCAGAACGCCGCCGGCUGGAGCACCGACAAGGCCCACAAAGCCCUGAAGGCAGCCGCAGAGACACGCAUCGAGCUCAUCGUGCGCGACAGGCCUUUCCAGCGCACCAUCACCAUGCACAAGGACAGCUCUGGCCACGUGGGCUUCAUCUACAAGUCGGGCCGCAUCACCUCACUGGUUAAGGAUGGGUCGGCUGCUCGCAACGGCCUACUGACUGAGCACUACAUCUGUGAGAUCAACGGCCAGAACGUCAUUGGCCUGAAGGACACUCAGAUCAAAGACAUUCUCACCACCUCUCCCACUGCCAUGACCAUAACUAUCAUGCCCAAGUUCAUCUAUGAACACAUGGUUAAAAAGAUGUCUGGAGGUCUACUGCGAUCUGCCAUGGACCACUCUGUGCCUGAGGUGUGAAGCUCUCCACUGGACCACUGCCCUCCCCUCUCCAGAUGCCUACAAUCUCCAGAGGCUGCCCAUUGGUCAACUCCAGAUGCCACAUGGGCGGCCUGUUUAUUGCUGAACUGAAAACAACUUCAAAUCACGUUCAUUUAUCACUGCAUACAUACAUAUAUAUAUAUAAGAUAUAUAUAUAUAUAUAUAUAUAUAUAUACGUUACGAGAUGCCUUUUUUUCUACUGUACUAUAGUUCAGUGUUUUUGACCUCUGUCUAGUUCCUUUUUCUACGUUCCAUCUCAUGUCAUUGUUUAAUUGUUGUCUUUAUGUGUACUUCAUCAGAAUGCAUCCCAUUUAUCAAGUGUUAAUGUUUUUAAUUUGGCUCAUGACUGUGCACCUUUUAUUGUAUUUGUUUUGUUUUUCUUUUUCUUUUUAAGGAGGAGAAAAACGAAGCCAUAGGUUUGAGCUCAGAGCUUCCAUAGAGGUAAAACAAAGGAAAAGGAUUGUGGGCAUUGACUAGCACUCCUGCAUUACGUUCCCAUUUGCAUGCAUGGGCAAGUGAAUCCCCUUCCCUCCAGUUUAAUUUUUAAUUGAUCUUUGUUUGUUUGUUUGUGCCAAGAAUGACUGAUUUACACUUUUAGAUUGAGCUUAUGUUUAAAAAUAAAUCACUUGAUAUUUGUCAUUCAGUGUCAUUUUUUUUUAGGAAUUUGUAACCUUUUGAUAACCCUCGCCACCAUCAUUCUGAAAACGUUAGAACUUGUAAAAAAUUUAUAUAUGAAUGUAACCACAAGAUAAUUAUUGUACAAGAAAAAAAAAUCAAUAAAUAACUCUGAUACAAA